AUGUCAGUUCGAUGUGGUUUAUCAUUUUUUCAUAAAACUUGGCCAAUUACUACUACACGAUGGUAUACAGUAGAAGUAAAUUCACCAGAACAACCGUCAACAUCAAAGAGAAAUGCUUCAUUUAGUUUGAAAAAGAUUGAUUUGGUACCGGAACGAUUACAUCGUCAUUUGUUUGGUAAUUAUCCAAUUCCUGAAAACACCUUAAAAGAUGAUCCAUUUGAAAUGCUUGAUUUACCACACCUGGAAGGUUCAAAUUUGUUAGAUCAUUUUCAAAAGACUGCUAUGAAGCAGUUUGAACCAUAUCAUCGCCUUCUCAUUGAAGCAACUACUAUUCGAAGGUUACCUGUUAUGCCAAAGGAAUGGAAUUUUCAUCCUGGUUGGACAAGAUAUGAAAUAAACAAAUCACCAAAACAGGUUGAUAAGCCACUUGAAGAUUUGAUAUUUUUUGAUGUCGAGGUAUGCGUUCGUGAUGGAUUACUACCAACUCUUGCUACUGCUGUAACACCAAAAGCAUGGUAUUCAUGGUGUAGUGAUCGUUUGGUAAAUGGUGGAGACAUACCUGAGCUUUACCGUUUGAAUCAUUUAAUUGCAUUUGAAGCAAAUGAAAAAAACUUAAAACAUCGUUUAAUUAUUGGACAUAAUGUAGCUUUUGAUCGCUCAAGAGUUCGAGAGCAGUAUUAUAGAAAGGGGACGAAUACACGAUUCUGGGAUACAAUGUCAAUGGCAAUACCUAUAUAUGGAAUGGCAGAUCAUCAAGUAGCCCUGUAUGAGAAGAAAGAUACGGAAGUAGAUGAUUCCGGACCAAUUGGUUGGAUUGAUUAUUGGCGAUCGCUUGUGUGUAAAAAUUCAUUAAGUGCAUUGCACGAAAAAUUAUGUGGUACUACUAAUUCGUUGAAGCCAUUGAACAAAUCACUACAAACAUUUUUCGUGAAAGAACCUAUUGACGAAAUACGUCGGUCAUUUCAGGAUCUUACAACAUAUUGUGCUUAUGAUGUUGUAGCUUGUUUUGAAUUGUACCAAGUUUUAUAUCCUGAAUUUACAAAAAGAUUUCCUCAUCCAGUAACAUGGCAAGGAAUGCUUGAAAUUGGCAAUGUUUAUUUACCGGUUACAAAGAAUUGGCGGAAAUUUUUCGACAAUAAUGAAACUCGUGCGAAUAAUGAGAAUAAGAUUGCUGCAAUUGGAGUAGUAUAUGCAGCACGUGAAUUGGUGGAAAAAUUGGAAGAGCCGAUUCAAUCAUACAAAAAUGAUCCAUGGAUGUGGUCGGUGGAUUGGAGCAGUCGGAAAGGAGAAGAGUUUCCCAUAUGGUAUGAAUCAUUGCUACGUACUAGGAGCCUUCUUCAUAUGCCAGUUGAAGAGUUAUCUCAGGCAGAUGUGAAAUUGAAAAGCCGUGUUGUACCACGAUUAUUCGGACUUUGUUGGGGACCAUAUCCAUUACACUACAAAACUGAUAAGGGUUGGGGAUUUUUGGUUCCAAAAGAUCGUCGUAUUGCUUUAUCUGAUGUGCCAGAAAUGGACGAAGUUGUAUUAAGACGAGGUGUAAAAGCCACGAUUCCUGUGAAAGCAAUCCUUAGCCUAAUACAACAAAAUAUAGCAGAAGGUAUUGGAGAUGUUCUGUUGACGCAUUCGCAUUCAUCAUCAACAACAAUUAGUAUCUUCAAUUUUCACAAAUUGCCACAUCCUAAUGGUGAACAUGAUAAUGUUGGUGAUCCAAUUUCAAAAGCAUUCCAACUGGAAAUUGAUGAAGGUGUUUUAUGGCCUGUGCGGUACAAGAAGGAGUUUUCAGAUUUAUAUCGUGCAAGAAAUACCACACGAUUUUGGAACAAUUAUAGAGAUCGGUUUCAAGAGCAAGUAACAAUUUGGCUGGAUGAAAAUGGUGAUGAAGGAGCUAUUGCGCCAUCAAUUAUUCCAGCUGGUACAGUAACAAGACGAGCUGUUCAUAAACUUUGGUUGACAGCUAUCAAUCCAAAAGAUGAUCAAAUGAUAGGUACCAAUUUGAAGUCAAUGGUAGAAUGUCCUGAAGAUUGGCAUAUAGUUGGUGCAGAUGUUGAUUCACAGGAACAAUGGAUAGCAGCAAUGUUAGGUGAUUGUUGUGUUGGAAAAGGUACAGCUGGUGUAACUCCUUUUAGCAAUAUGCUUUUAGCAGGAUCUAAAUCUGAUAACAGUGAUUUGCAUAGUGUUAUUGCGAAGGAAGUUGGUAUUAGCAGAGAUAAAGCAAAGGUAUUGAAUUAUGCACGACUUUAUGGUUCUGGAAUAGUACAUGCAGCUGAAUUUCUCAUUCAAUCAGGAAUGAAUGCUACGAAAGCAUUAAAUGUAAGCAACAAAUUAUUCGCUACAACCAAAGGCAAACGAUUCAAUUUUUUGAAAUUAAAUGAAAGUUACAAUGAUUAUUUUCGUUGGUACAUCGAUAAUAUAUGCCCUUCAAAGAUGAAAGCAGAUUAUGUGUAUGCAAAUGGUACUUAUUUCUUACCGGAAUAUCGCAUUCGACAGGGGAAACUGACGCUAAACUUUGAAGACUGGCUUUAUGAAAGUGUAUGGAAUAAACUGCGUGAAAAUGGACAGGAUGAAGUCAAUUUCAGCAAAGAUUGGUUAAUUAGUCAAAUUUAUGAUGGUUGCAAUGAGUAUCAGCUGUACACUGGAGGCUUUGAAUCUGAUACGUUCAAUUAUUUGGAGCUAACAUUGAAUAAUCCAAAUCCGCGUACUCCAGUAUUAGACUGUCAACUUGGUUACUGCUUGACACCGUUACCGAAGGAUGUCAAAGAUCAUGAAUAUUUCUUAAAGAAAUAUCGACGUUCAAUCAUAAAUUGGGUGGUACAAUCAAGUGCUGUUGAUUUUUUACAUCUACUUAUUGUAUGUAUGAAAUGGCUUUGUGAAAUUUAUAGUAUUAAGGCUCGAUUUGCUCUUUCCAUUCAUGAUGAGAUUAGAUAUAUUGUCCCAGCAGAGGAUCGUUAUCGAUGUGCACUAGCGUUAUCAUUAAGUAAUAUGUAUGUGCGUGCUAUGAUUUCUCAAAAAUUGGGCAUCAAGGAACUACCGAUGUCGGUUGCAUUCUUCAGCCAAGUUGAUAUCGAUCGUGUACUUCGAAAAGAGGUUAAUUUAGUGUGCACAACGCCAAGCGGUGAAUGCAUUCCACCAGGUGAAGCAUUGGAUAUGAAUGCUAUUUUGGUGAAAACUGGUGGUACGUUGAAAAAAGUUGCAAAUGCAUCCUUUACCGCCAAUGCGGCAGUUCAACAACAAAUAGUAUUAGGGAAAAUAGUGAAAUCUGAUAAGAAUCGAAACAAAAAGAGAUUAUCCUAA